AAUGUAACCGCUCCUCUCGCAUUUUUGACAAGACAAUUUCAAUUAAGCUGUAGACACGUUGAAAUCCUGUAUUGUUCUUUACAAUAUAUAAAAUGGAAAGCAAAAACGCUAAUUUGUACUGCAUUAAAACACUUACGUGAAUUACGAUGUUAGAAGUCCAAAUGUAAACGUGUUUAGCGAAAUAGAGGUUAUAGUUUCACAAGUAAGACUACACAAUUAUACUUUCCGCAAGAACAUUAUUUUGCAUAAUCUGUUCCGUGGUCAUCGAAUAUCUUACAAUGUUGCAUUAGAAUUCUGCUGGUAUGUAUUUUAAGUAGAAAAGAUAAGAAACACAAGCACUCCUAAAACGAUCGUGUUGCCAGAGGUAAAGCAACUGACAAGACUCUGUUGCAACCUCUGCGGACGACCAAUCGCAACGCUUAAACUGUUCCAGAAAGGAGACUAGCAAAAAUGGCGCCAAGCUUAAGGAACCAACUAGAUUACUGUUGCUUCGAAGUCACAUUGUUUAAAAUAAUUUCUCGGGAAAUAUGUUAGCUAUUUAAAUCAAUGAAUAGAAAGUGCAUAAAUAACGAUACAGAUAUUGUUUGUACAAGCGGACAGUAUGAAGAAUCAGUUAUUCGAUUUUUUUAAUGAUUCUGCGCGAUUUCUAAAUACUUGAAACGUACUUACUCAUGGAAAAAGUGUUAGCAAAUAAAGAAUGAAGAUUAGAAGUUGAAAAUCGAAACGUCUGUUAUUAUUUAUCCAAGGUAACUGCAUAAUAUAUUUCAUAUGUAUUUUAUAUUUAUAAAUAUGUUCGAAUGUACCUGAUGUAAACAAACUCUGCACAUGCGAAUGGCUUGCAUCUGUGUAUACUUACCAACACCUAAGGCAGAUUCAAGGUAACUGCAAAUCUCGAUUGGUAGAAUGCAAUGACGACACGUGUUAGUUCACCAAUAGGAUGGAGUCUCAAUUUAGCUAGCGUUUCCCUUGGCUGUGUUUGUAUACACAUGUAGUAAGAAUCAAAUGUAGUGAAUGUACAUUGUAUGACAAUCAAGACAAUCUUUUAAAAAGCACCAACGUAUUUAAUGAACAAAGUAUUAUCAAAAUAGUCAAUAUUUUGUAGUGUAUCGUAAGUUUAUUGAUAUGAGAUAUGACCUUGUUGUUCGUUAAGAAAUGUUCUGUUCCUGGACAAAAGGGCAGAUAUAUAGUAUAGAAAUUGGUUAUGUGCAAGGUAUUCUCAACAAGAUUGAAGAGCACAAACAAAUCUAAAUGUAUCAAGAGUGAUUCUUGAACAUUGAAUCUUGACUUUACAGGUCACUUUGUAUAGAGGAAAGUGAAUUAUAUUUACUAUAUUAAAGUAUAGUAAAAAUCUGUAAAUUUCAAAUGUAUGAUUCAUUACAUAUACAUUGAUUGUAACUAAUAAUAAACCAUGGAAGAAGAAAACAUACAUAAUUUAAAUCAUGCGUAUAACGCAUUGACUUCAAGCGCAUUAAGGGAACAUAAUAAUGGCAUAGAGAAUUGGAAGAUCAUAUGUUUCUUGUAUAAAUAUUAUGAUCUAGUAUGUAGUGCAGAAAUGAUUCUCCAGAAACUAAAUGAAUGUAGUAACUUAUAUAUAAUUCAAGUUCAAAUCAAAAUGUGGUUUUAUAGUAAAUCACAAUGUCCUGUACGCAUGGAUGAUUAUGACUUUCAGUAUUUUAUAGAUGGAUUGAAAGAAAUGUUAUUGACAACAGAAGAAAAGGCUGCAAAUGAGGAAGAAAUAGGUUCUGUAGACAUUUCUGGUAGAUUAGAGGAACCUAUUUAUUCAAUGCAGAUAUGGAAUUUUAAAAUGCUUUUAGAACAUUUCCCUAAAUUAGUUCAAGAGGCUGAAGAUAUUUUUACAAGACUCAAUCGAAAUAUGUUACCUCUACAUUUGCAAGAAGAUAUUGCAGAUUGGUUUUCUUUGAAAGAAGAAUAUGAAUAUUAUAUUUUCUCUAAUAAUAAUCAGUGGUACGAGGAGACUACAAGACAGACUAUGCAAACUGUGCAAAGAACUGGUGAAAGAAAUAGGGAAACAUUACGACAAAGCUCUCCUGAUAAAGAGCAGAAAACAGCAGUAAAACAUUUUGAGCAAGAAGGAUGUAAUAAUUAUAAUAGUCAAAAUGUAGAAAAAUCAAGUAAAGUUGAAAAAGCCAUAGGUUUGGGUAAGUAUGUUAAUGUAGAAGAGGAUGAAACUGAUGGAGAUGAAGAAGAAGGAGAUGAAAAAAAUGACGAAGAAGAAGAUGAUAAUGAUGAAGAAAAAAUAGAUCCAGAUUAUUAUGAUACAGGUUCGGAGUCCCCUAAUCAAAAAUCAUUGAGACGAAUUAAAAUUGAAAAGAAUUCAGGUCUUAAACUUGUUAAAGUAGAGGAACACAGUUCUGCAAGUAAUUGCUUGACAUGUUCUGCAUGUUUGGAAAGUAAAGUAUCGGAUGAUAAAGGCGAAGGAGUAGAAGUAGAAGAAGAGGACACAGAUGAAGAUGAAUUAAGGGAAGAUGAAGAAGAACAAGAAGAAAAUGAUGAUAUUGAUGAUGAAGAAGAAGAUGAAGAUGACUAUGUUACACGUUUAGAUAAUUCAGUUUUUCAAGAAAAAUUAAAUGAAUAUAUGAAACAGUUUAAAAUACAGACAGAUGAUAUUAUUAAAAUAGAAACAUAUGAUAUUAUUAAAGCAGGAAGUCAUGACGAUACGUCUGAGUCUAUAGUAAAGCCUGUCGCAGUUAGACGUAGAAAUUCUAGAAGAAACUCAAUUCUUCCAGGAUCUGAAAUGUGUAAUGAAAUAUUAGCUUUUAAUAAUAAUUUGAAAUCUAAUCAAAACCAAAUGAUGAAUAAUAAAAUACUAGAAUUUCCUGGUAGUGAGAUUGUACAUGACUGUACUCCUGAACCAAUUAUGGAACAGAAUCCCUCCAAAAGUAAAAAUAAUUCUACAGACUUGUUAAUCGAUGUUCUUGAAACAAAGAAAUUACCAGAACCCAUAAAAGAACUGAAAAUUUUGAUGUCAAAUAAUGAUGCAAAGCAAACUCAGAUGAAAAAGAUUCAAUUAAGUUUGGAUGAGGCUCAAAAACAUAUGAAAGAGCUUAAAUCAACUGCCAAGAUUAGACUUUUCAUGAUGGAGGAUUUAGCAAAGAAUGAAAAUACACUUGCUAAGGCCACAGCAAAAUUCCAACAUAAACGAACUGAAUUAGAAAAAAGAUGUUCUCAAACCGAAUCAAAAAUAUCCGAAGUAAAAUCAAGACCUGAUUAUGACUUCUUUUUCAAGAAACCUCUCCUAAAAAAGAAGAUCGAAUUGUAUAGAAAUAGAACUGUUUAUUAUAAAAAUCGAUUAAGGGACAUAGCGAUGAUACAUCAGACAGCACUUGAAUCAUUUAAGAACAGCACGAAAAUUUGGCAGUCGCUGAAUGCUUCUACAGAGGAAAUGAUCAAUUUGAAAAGGCAGUUGAUAACAGAAGUAGAACGGAAACAACAGUUAGAAGAAGAACUCGCAGAAGAUCAGAAAAAAAUUCACGAAUUAGAAGAAAAGUACAAUUUGACUGCUUCUAAAUUAAAAGAGAUACAAUCAGACAGUGAGGAUGCAAAAAUUAAUGAUAAAUUGAAAAGUAAUUAUCCCGAUAAGAAAAAAAAUUUAUUAGAUGUCAGUGCAAGAAUAACACAUCUUGAUACUGUUUUAAAAGAAAAAUCUAUAGAUUUGGAAAGGACCGCAGAUAUAGAUGAGAAGGAAGCUCUACGUAACGAAAUCCAAAACUUAAGACGAACCAGGGAUUGUUUGGUUGAUGAAAAAUGUGAUCUUGAUGAGAAAUUUCAGAAAGAGAAAGCCUUGUCGACUGUAGAAGAACGAAAAUUAUUAGAGUGUGGGGAAACUAUCGAAGCUAUCGAUGCUAUGAUUGAACAUAAGAAUGAAAUGAUAUGCGGUAGAAAAGGUUUCGACGAAAAUCAAGCACAACGAGAGAAAGGAGAGAGAAUGUUGAUGGAGAGACUAGCGAAGUUAUCGGAGGGGGAAAUGAAAACAUUAUUUUAUAAGUAUUUCUUAAAAGUAAUUGAUUUAAAAGAAAGCUCGAAGAAUCUUGAAGUACAAGUUGCCGAAUUAGAAAGUCACAUAGAAACUCAAAAAUGGGAAAUACAAACUCUUACUAAUGCAUUAAAACAGACAAAAUUAGAAGCUGAAAGAAGAAUCGUUUUAAUGCAAAGGAAAUAUGAGCAGAAAUUGCUUGCUAUGUAUAGACAUAUUGGAGAAGAAACAAGCAGUUCUGGACCUGAAACGUUAGACACGGAUACUGAACUUGCUAGACAUAUAGAAGAAAAUGAAAAUUAUCCAUAUCCAGUUAGGAUACCACCACCAGCCAAUGCAGUUCAAAGACCAACAACCAAAGUAACUAAAGAACGAAAUAAAUUGAUUAUUCAGAAAACUACUGGCCGUGAUAAAAGACGAAAAUAAGUCCUCCUGUAUUCCUUUCAUAUUUAUUAUUUUUUAUUAUUGCUCUUAAUCUUGUAGAACUCAAAAUUAUGUUAAGAGUUGCAAUUUAAUUUGUUGUAAUAGUAUGUUAAUAAUUCUGUACACUUUUGAAUAAUA